GCACCGGUGAGUUUUAGUUUUAGUUUUACCGCCAUUUAACAAAGCAAGUACACGCUGAAAGAGAACUGUUACCGUACUUUUGCUUGACAGGUUCCGGCCGUUCAUCAUUAGCAACAAGUUCAAUUGACUCAUGAUGGCAGAUAAGGAUGGAGAGCCAUUCGAUGAAGCAGUUGAGGAACGCGUCAUCAACGAGGAAUACAAAAUCUGGAAGAAAAACACUCCGUUCUUGUAUGAUUUGGUUAUGACACAUGCCCUUGAAUGGCCAUCACUAACAGCUCAGUGGCUUCCUGAUGUUACAAGGCCUGAAGGCAAAGACUAUUCGGUUCACCGUCUCAUCCUUGGUACUCAUACCAGUGAUGAACAGAACCAUCUGUUGAUUGCUUCUGUCCAACUUCCAAAUGAGGAUGCUCAGUUUGAUGCUUCCCACUAUGAUAAUGACAAAGGAGAGUUUGGAGGCUUUGGAUCUGUGAGUGGUAAGAUUGAAAUUGAGAUCAAGAUCAAUCAUGAAGGGGAAGUCAAUAGGGCUCGCUACAUGCCCCAAAAUCCCUGUGUGAUUGCCACCAAAACUCCCUCGUCUGAUGUCUUGGUUUUUGACUACACUAAACAUCCAUCUCGUCCUGAUCCUAGUGGAGAAUGUCACCCAGACCUCCGUUUGAGAGGGCACCAGAAAGAAGGUUAUGGCCUGUCAUGGAAUCCCAACCUCAAUGGUCAUCUACUCUCUGCAUCUGAUGAUCACACUAUUUGCUUGUGGGAUAUCAAUGCCUCACCCAGAGAGAACCGUGUCUUGGAUGCCAAAACUGUAUUUACUGGCCACACAGCAGUUGUAGAAGAUGUUGCCUGGCAUUUACUUCAUGAGUCGUUGUUCGGUUCCGUUGCUGAUGAUCAGAAGCUAAUGAUUUGGGAUACUCGCAGCAAUAACACUAGCCGACCCUCCCACACAGUGGAUGCACAUACGGCUGAAGUGAAUUGUCUAUCAUUUAAUCCUUACUCGGAAUUUAUCUUAGCAACUGGUUCAGCAGAUAAGACUGUGGCUCUCUGGGAUUUGAGAAAUCUGAAACUCAAAUUGCAUUCAUUUGAGUCACACAAAGAUGAAAUCUUUCAAGUUCAAUGGUCCCCCCAUAAUGAAACUAUUUUGGCCUCUUCUGGCACCGAUCGCCGUCUGCAUGUUUGGGACUUGUCCAAGAUCGGAGAAGAGCAAUCCACCGAGGAUGCUGAGGAUGGUCCCCCAGAAUUAUUAUUUAUCCACGGUGGUCAUACUGCAAAGAUCUCAGAUUUCUCGUGGAAUCCGAAUGAGCCCUGGGUCAUCUGCUCCGUUUCAGAAGAUAAUAUUAUGCAGGUGUGGCAAAUGGCAGAAAAUAUUUACAACGAUGAGGAGCCCGAAACGCCAGCUUCGGAACUGGAAACUCCCACUAACUAAUGCAUUUCCAGUGUAUCAUCACCCAUCCCGUUUCUCCUCGUUUGAUUCCUUUAUACUGUCCCACGUACACGCUCAUCUUUUUUUAAACAUUCAAGUCUUCGUAUUUGGCCUUUGUGCCGCUUGGAGGCGAAGAUGCCAGCUCUUGUAUUCAAUAAAUAGCUUUUCACGAG